CAUCAACUGUAUCGGCGAGAGUUGUGAAGCGAGUCGGUCACCGAAAACUUUGCACAAAGUGCGCCGUACAUGUCUUCGUGCGGCGUUUAGGUGGAUGCUGAGUGGAUCUGACACGGCUGACAGCAAGCGGGAAUCCUGAAUCACCUGGUAAAUCGGGAGAAUUAGAACGCAGAAAGCACCUAAAGCCAUGUAUCUAACUUUAAAUGGCCUAAAAAGUGGUUAGUUAUGUCGCAGAUACGCAUCCAGGUUGAGACAGACCCCGCACCCACAGGGACACACGUGGCCUUGUAAGCUGUGGCGGCGACCGUAUUAUCAAGGAAAUUCCUGAGUCCUCCAGGGUCACCUAUCUGCUGGCUUCUCUAUCUGCUGCCGCAGGGAGACAAAAGGACAAAGCAGGACACCGCAGGCAGACGUGAUGGCCACUGAAGGAACCCAGACACAGGCUGGGCCCGCGGUACUGGCAAAGUCUGCUUCGCCUCUGUCCGCUGGGAGCAGACCCAGCAGAGAAGCCAAACAUGCAAAUAAUGGCCAGGAAGUGUGGCGAGACGCUGACCAAAUGUGUCAAUCAAAACAGUCGAGCGGCCCUUCUCUCCCCUUAUGUAGGAAGUCAUCGUGUGACAGUGGGGAAGGCACUGUUUUGGACAGAAAAUAUGAGUGCCAUGAUUACAGCUCAGAAGUCAUAAGCACUAAAGAGAAACCUUAUCCAGAGCUCUCCACUGGCAAGAAACUUGAAGAAAUGAUUCCAGUACUUAGGAAAAGUUCAGAGGAAUCUCUGUGCCAGCUGGAUACCACUGGAGACAGCGUGGAUGCAGGCACUAACAGAACUGGCAGCACCCACUGCUCCUGUACCAAGUCUAGCCGUUAUACCAAUGCAAACACCUACUGUUGCCACAGCUCUAGGUCCAGUCCAAGCCCUGGCUCCAGCCCUGUUCACAGUCCUUGCCUCAGCUGCAGGCCCUCUGGCCCCAAAUACAGACACAUCCGCCGUGGCAGCCUCCCUGUGUCUAUGCUGGCUUUCCACAAGACAUCGCCCUACCUCUCAUCCCAGGGCAGUUCCUCAAGCGAACCGAGCUCUUUGACAUCAUCUCCAUCUAGUUCUCCUCUUCCCGUCCACCGCAAGCGUCACCAAAACGGCCACAUCCAUCUGCACUGCCUCAAAGAUGGGUACUCAAGUUUAGAGAGGCUCAACCGAAGGCCCCGGGUUAACAAAUGCUCUUUGGAGAAACUUUUCCUUCGAAGGUCUUCUCUUGAAACCAUGACGUCGAACCCUGUUCACAACGAAAGGUCACCUGCAGAAGAGACGAGGGACUGCAGCCAGGACCACAGCAGUGAUGAGGGAGAAGUAGAAGCACAUUCGGAUAAUGUGGAUAAUGAUUUUAUUCGGAAUCGUAAAGAGCGCUCAACUGUCCUGGUGAGGCGGUUCUGCAAGAAUAAUCAGAAGGUGACCAAGUCGGUGUGUACUGGCACCAGAGCGAUUGUCAGGACACUGCCGUCGGGACUCAUCUCAGAAGAUGUCUGGGCCGUGGUUGUUCACUACAGAUGUUGGACUCCCAGUAAGGAGGAUACAUGGCUAACCGUAAAGCGGGGCUCGGGAGAAGACUUCAGAAGAUGCAAAGAGAUGCUGCGCUUUGCUGGACUUAAACUAUAUCAGGUUAACAACUAUGUGGAGGAAACAGAGGAGAUCAACCUGAUUCAUCCUGCCAAAAAACUCCUGUUGUUGUGCCCUGGAUGUGUAUGUCUCAGGGAGUCUCUCUGGCCAGUGGACUUGGUCAGCAGCAGCCCAGCCAGCCUUGAUCUGAAGCCCUACAUUAAUACUCGGCACUGUCAUUCAUCUUACACCUCCAGGUUUUAUCGGUCUUGUAGCCAGAAGACGAAGUUGGGUUCCCUGCUAACUGGAGCACUGCUAGAGGCCACACUCGUGCUUGGUGCUCGCACGGCACUCCUUUACCCGUUGCCCCAGUGCCCCAACAGCCACGCUGUCUUGAAAGAGCGCCAGCUGGCCAGCAGCAUGACCAGCAGCAGCACUCUUCCUCCCAGUGUAAGCGGGAUCAGUAAGGAGCUGGCAGAGCUGCGCCACCUUGUUCAGUUCCCCGAGGAGAUCGCCUGCAUCCUCACAGAGCAAGAGCAGCAGCUUUACCAGCAGGUCUUCCCUUUGGACUACCUCUAUUUCCUCACCCGAGACCUGGGCAGUCCAGAGUGUCAAACUAAACGCCACCCAAACCUCAAGGCUUCACUGUCAGCGCCCGCCAUGCCCACUCAGCGAAGUAAUGCCGUGGAGGAACUGGUGGCGCGAUUCAACGAGGUGAGUUCGUGGGUGACGUGGCUGGUCCUGACUGCAGGGUCCAUGGAGGAGAAAAGAGAAGUUUUCUCAUAUCUGGUCCAUGUGGCUAAAUGCUGUUGGAACAUGGGAAACUACAAUGGUGUCAUGGAGUUCCUGGCUGGACUCAGAUCUCGUAAGGUGCUGAAGAUGUGGCAGUUUAUGGACCAGUCAGACAUCGAGACCAUGAGAGGUUUAAAGGAUGCCAUGGCUCAGCAUGAGUCCUCCUCUGAGUACAAGAAGGUUGUGACCAGAGCUCUUAAUAUCCCAGGAUGCAAGGUUGUGCCAUUCUGUGGGGUUUUUCUAAAGGAGCUAAGUGAAGCGUUGGAUGGCACAGCGAGCAUCAUCAGCCUCAAACCAUCUCCUGAUAACACAGAAUACUCGAUAGAGUUUGUGUCUGACUACAGCGGCCAGCGCAAUUACUUGUCUCGAUCUGGCUCAGAUGGGCUCCAUGUGCCAGAGAAGGAAGCCACUGUGAGCAACAUCCUUCAGAUUAUCAGAUCUUGCAACCGAAGUUUAGAGGCAGAAGAUCCUGAUGACGCGUCCACCAGUCCGUCUUCUACUGGCCCGUCCCCUGCAUCCAGAAACAACUCCUUCAAAGACCGCAGCCACAAUCAAUUCACGGUCGGAGACUUGUCGGAUUCAGAUGGUGACUUGUCUACCGAGCCGGUGGUGAAAGAAGUGGAGUUUCAGGGGACCGAGGAGACGCACAGAGCUUUUAGCCAUGGCACGGAGCUCAUUCCCUGGUAUGUGCUGUCACUACAACCAGACAUUCACCAGUUUCUGCUGCAGGGCGCUACGGUCAUUCAUUACGACCAGGAUGGCCAUGGCAGUGCUCGCUGUCUGCUACGUCUACAGCCUGAUAAUACAACACUCACUUGGGGUAAACCCCAAAGCGGAGGCCCUUCCCCUGCAGAGCAACCACUGGGUUUGGGGCAGCCUGUAGUGGCUGGGCUAGCAGAAGGCCUGCUGGACCUGGGAAUAGUGAAGGCAGUGUUUCUGGGCCAUCAGGGUGUCGAUGUUCAUGCUGUAUGUUUGCAAAACAAGCUGAGCCAGAUGACAGUGGAGGAGAAUGGCCUCAGCCUUCUGUAUGGUCUGAGUACCACAGACAAUAGACUUCUGCACUUUGUGGCCCCCAAUCACACGGCGCAAAUGCUCUACAAGGGCCUGUCAGAGUUGGUGAAUGCAACCAGGAAAUUAAAGAAGUUUCCUGACCAAAGGUUGCAGUGGCUGAGGAAGCAGUAUGUCAGUUUGUAUCAGGAGGACGGCAGGUAUGAAGGCCCUACACUAGCCCACGCCAUUGAGCUUUUUGGGGGUCGGAGGUGGAAUAUGGGUACGGGUGGUGGAGACAAGGUUGGAGCCCAGAAGAACAACCCUCUGUCGAAUGAGAAGGCCAAGAAGAAGAAGAAGGUUCUUGUCCGGGGAGACAGUGGAGAUGCAACCGAUGACGAGAUGGUUUCCAGGAAAACACGGAGCUGUAAAGAAGGACUGUAUCGAAACGGGCCAGAGUCUGACAGCAUCGACCAAGAAGAUCCAGAAGACAGCAUCCCCGGACCACUCUCCCUCACAUCCAGUAAAAGCCCCGGAUUGCUAUCCUCUUCCUCUUCUUCCUCCUCUUCCUCCAGCAUGGCAGGGUCCAACCAGACCCGUCCGCAGUCUUCUCCAAUCCUUUCGGGAAAUGCUAAAUCCCAGCCAGGGGCAUGGAGCAGCAGAUCGUGGCACGGCCGGGGUAAAGGCUGUUUCAAAGGCUUUCAGAAUCUCAUGAUUUCUGACAGCACAAUGAGCUUCAUCGAGUUUGUCGAGCUUUUCAAAUCAUUCAGUAUCCGAAGCAGGAAGGACCUGAAGGAGCUGUUUGACACCUUUGCUGUCCCCUGCAGUCGCUCAAGCCCAGAAUCAUGUCCUGUUUACACCAACCUCAGGAUAGAUGACAAAGACACAGGACUGCAGCCAGACCUUGACUUGCUAACCCGUAACGGGUCGGAUCUCGGCCUGUUUAUCCGGACCAGGCAGCAGAUGUCCGACAACCAGAAGCAGAUUUCAGAUGCCAUCGCAGCAGCCAGCAUUGUGACCAACGGGACGGGGGUGGAGAACGCGUCAUUAGGCGUCUUGGGACUGGCUAUCCCUCAGCUCAAUGACUUUUUAGUCAACUGUCAGAGAGAGAACCUGAGCUACGAUGAGAUUCUCAGUAUUAUACAGAAAUUUGAGCCUUCAUCAAGCAUGAGACAAAUGGGGUGGAUGUCAUUUGAAGGUUUUGCAAGGUUCCUGAUGGACAAGGACAACUUUGCUUCACGUAAUGAGGAAUCUCAGAUGAAUCCAGAGGAGCUGCAAUACCCUCUGUCUUACUACUACAUCGAGUCUUCUCAUAACACCUAUCUGACUGGGCACCAGCUCAAAGGAGAGUCUUCUGUUGAGCUCUACAGCCACGUGCUCCUGCAAGGCUGUAGGAGCGUCGAGUUGGACUGCUGGGACGGAGACGAUGGCAUGCCUGUUAUUUACCACGGCCACACACUCACCACUAAGAUACCCUUUAAGGAUGUGGUGGAAGCAAUUAACCGGUCUGCGUUUGUCAAUUCUGAUAUGCCCGUCAUCCUGUCCAUAGAGAACCACUGCUCCCUUCCUCAGCAACGAAAGAUGGCUGAAAUCUUCAAGACUGUGUUCGGCGAACGCCUUGUGACGCGCUUCCUUUUUGAAAGCGACUUCAGCGAUGACCCUCAUUUACCAUCGCCGCUGCAGCUCCGAGGGAGAAUACUGCUCAAGAACAAGAAGCUCAAAGCCCAUCAGGCACCGGUGGACAUACUCAAGCAGAAGGCUCACCAGCUCGCCCACAUGCAAGCCCAAGCAAGCAACGGGUCUCCAGGGGUGACUUCACCCAACAAUCAUGCCAAUGAGGAAGAGGAAGAAGAAGAAGACGACUAUGAUUAUGAUUAUGAGUCUCUAUCAGAUGCUGAUGGCCUCGCUGCCUCUACUGCCUCGUAUGGUCUUGAAGAUAAUAUACUCGAUGACAAGCCAGAAGGCAAGAGUUCGGCUGAGAAAGAAGAGCAACCUGCUGAUGAAAUACCCAAAAGGAUGAAGAAAGCUGAUAGCACUACACAGAGCAAAGGAAAGGUGUUCGACAUGGAGCUCGGCGAGGAGUUCUACCUUCCCCAGAAUAAGAAGGAGAGUCGACAGAUCGCCCAGGAGCUGUCUGACCUUGUCAUCUACUGCCAGGCUGUGAAAUUCCCUGGCCUUUCUACUUUGUCUCCAGCUGGCUCUAGCAGGGGAAAGGACCGAGGCAAGAGCAGGAAGUCCAUAUUUGGCACGGCUCCUUCUCGCAGCAGCGCAACGGGGGAGGUCACGACCCAGAGCCGCACCCCUGGGAAAGGUGGUUCAGAGCGACUCAGCUGGGAGGAGCAGCAAACGUCUCCUGUCCUCAACCCCUCCACCUCACUCAGCGCCAUCAUCCGCACACCAAAGUGUUACCACAUCUCCUCCGUCAACGAGAACGCCGCCAAGCGCCUGUGUCGCCGUUACUCUCAAAAGCUCAUCCAGCACACAGAGUGCCAGCUGCUCAGAACCUACCCGGCGGCCACCAGGAUCGACUCAACCAACCCCAACCCUCUGCUUUUCUGGCAGCAUGGCAUCCAGCUGGUGGCACUCAAUUAUCAGACUGAUGACCUGCCUAUGCAGUUGAACACGGCGCUGUUUGAGGCCAACGGAGGAUGUGGCUACGUACUGAAGCCGGCAGUGUUAUGGGACCGUAGCUGUCCACUUUAUCAGCAGUUCUGUCCGAUGGAGCGGGAUGUGGAGAAAAUGAGCCCUGCUGUCUACUCCCUCACAAUUGUGUCCGGGCAGAACGUUUGUCCCAGUAACAGUGCCGGCAGCCCGUGCAUCGAGCUGGAUGUUCUGGGCAUGCCCAUCGACAGCUGCCACUUCCGUACCAAACCGAUCCACCGCAACACCCUCAACCCCAUGUGGAACGAGCACUUUCAGUUCACGGUGCAUUUUGAAGAGAUGUGUUUCCUGCGAUUUGCCGUGGUGGAGAACAACAGUUCCCAGACCACAGCUCAGAGGACUCUCCCACUUAAAGCCCUCAAACCAGGUUACAGACAUGUACAGUUGAGAACACAGCACAAUGAGUCUCUUGAAGUCUCCAGCUUAUUUAUCUACAGCCACAGAACAGAGGAAGGUCCAACAGGGGGCGCUACUGCCUCAUCUUUGCUGUUCAGUUCUGAGGAGAAGCAUGCGUCCCAGCAGCACAGGGUGACGGUGCACUGCGCUCCCGGUCCUGAACCCUUCACUGUUUUCUGUGUUACCGAGCAGACCACCACCAAGCAGCUGCUGGACAUGGUUGUGGGGUCAGGGGGAAACCCAUCCGAAUACUUUUUGUGUGAGGAGAAGGUUCCCCUGUUGAAGGAACGCAGCGAGGUGAAGCGCUGCCCACAGCACCGAGCUCUAGCACCUGAGGAGGAGGUGGUCAGGGUGGUGUCCAGCUGGAACACUGAGGAGGGAUAUGUGAGGAGACUGUGCCUCAAAACUAGAGAGGAGAACUUGAAUGAGAAAAACACGGUGGUGGAAGGAGAGGAGGAGGUGACCGUGGGAGGCAGAGAAGGAGCGGGAGGAGGUGGAGGAGGAGGAGGGGAGGAUGACAUGUUCUUUGUCCAGGUCCAUGAAGUUUCCCCUGAACAGCCUCACACUGUCAUCAAAGCUCCACGCUACAGCACGGCUCAGGAUAUCAUACAGCAGACUCUGUCAAAGGCUAAGUAUUCCUACAGUAUCCUCUCUAACCCCAAUCCAUGCGACUACGUGUUGAUGGAGGAAGUGACCAAGGACGUCGGCUCUAAGAAGUCCUCGUCCACCAAGCCUCUUCAGCGAGUGCUGCUGGAUCACGAGUGUGUCUACCAAGCUCAGAGCCGCUGGCGGGGCGCGGGAAAGUUUAUUCUUAAACUCAAAGAGCAGGUGGUGAGGGAGGACAAAAAGAAAGUCAUUUCCUUUGCCAGUGAGCUCAAGAAGCUGACUAGUCGCAGCCGCAGCAUGACAACUGGCAGCGGAGUGGAUGGCCCUGCCCAGAGUAAGGAUGAUAGAGCUGCAUGCUGUGUGGCUCUGACAGAGCUCCAGGAGUGAGGCUCACACUCUGCCUGCCGUGUUUGCAUGGAAAAGCAACAGAGGGUACCUGUCUGCAGCUGCAGGUCUGAGGGCAUGGGUGACAGAGGGCAGGGUGGGGGCUGGAAGGUUCCUACAGGCCUCCUCCAACUCUUUCAGAGGGGAGCUCCU